AUGUCAAAGAAAUUCAGUUCCAAAAAUUCCCAGAAAUACGUGGUCGUACACAGACCUCAUGACGAUCCUUCAUUUUACGAUACAGAUGCAUCUGCACAUGUUUUAGUUCCCGUAUCCAAUCCAAAUAAGCCUACCACAGAUGCAGAGCUUCGAAAAAAAGAUGUGAUUUCUGAGAAACCAAAGGACGAUAAAGCUCAUGUCGGGGAAGCUGCUUUGUACGGUAUCAAUUUUGAUGAUUCUAGGUAUGACUACACACAACAUUUAAAGCCAAUAGGUCUUGACCCUGACAACUCAAUCUUUAUCGCCUCCAAGGACAAAGAACAGAAGGCCGAAAAGAAGAAUAUCGAAGAUUUGUUUAUCGAACCCAAAUAUAGACGUGAUGAGAUUGAAAAGGACAAUGUUCCUCCUGUUUUCCAGCGAGGCGUGGCCAAGCCAGAAUAUCUAUCACACCAACAAGACACAACCGACGAAAUUAGAGGUUUUAAGCCCGACAUGAACCCUGCACUAAGAGAAGUCUUGGAAGCAUUAGAAGAUGAAGCAUAUGUUGUUAAUGACGAUAUUGUAGUUGAAGACCCCAGGAAAUCUAAUGCUGAGAAAAGGGCAGGAGCCAAGAAGGAUGAUGAUGACGCAGAAGAUGAUAUUUUUGCACAGCUUUUAGGAAGCGGUGAAGCGGGAGAUCAAGAUGAGUUUGAAGACGAAUUUGAUGAAUGGGAUAUCGAUAAUGUAGAGAAUUUUGAAGAUGAAAAUUACGUUGAAGAAAUGGCACAAUUUGAUAAUAUUGAAAACCUGGAAGACUUGGGGAAUAUCGAUUACCAAGCCGAUGUCAGAAGAUUCCAAAAGGGCAAAUCCACUUUGGAGAAGCUAAAUUCGGACGACGAGUUUUCCAAUGCAGGUUUAGAAAGCAUCAAUCCCUCUGAGGAGGAGGACGUACUGGGAGAUUUGCCCUCCAUCCAAGACAAAAACAAGACAGGGAAGAAAAAGAGAAGAAGCCGUCAAAAGAAAGGUGCCAUGUCCGAUGUGUCCGGAUUUUCCAUGAGUUCUAGUGCCAUUGCACGUACAGAGACCAUGACAGUGCUUGACGACCAAUACGACCAAAUCAUCAACGGCUACGAAAACUAUGAAGAAGAACUAGAGGAGGACGAAGAACAGACUUACCAACCGUUUGACAUGACGACGGAGAGAUCUGAUUUCGAAUCAAUGCUCGAUGAUUUCUUGGACAAUUACGAACUGGAAAGCGGUGGCCGUAAGCUAGCUAAGAAGGAUAAAGAAAUUGACAGACUAAAGGAAGCCGCAGACGAGGUGAGUAAGGGUAAACUGUCCUUAAGAAGAAAUCGUGAGAGACAGGAAAAGAAGAAGCUGGAAAAAGUUACCAACACGCUAAGUAGCUUGAAAUUUUAA